AUGGCCCCUUCCUUCUUUUUUUUUCAUUGUAUCCUUUUCCCUAAAAUCAUGUAUGUGUGUCCCUGUGUUUCAAUUCAUGUUAAAGAUUUCUGUUGGCUUUCUGUUUGAGCUUUUAAAGGGAUAUUUAUUCGUUUUGUUAAAAGCAAGACGAAAUCGUAGAUUUAUAUUGUGACGUCAUCAAUACACAGAAGGAAAAUCUUUGUUUUGGUUGCGAUAUCAGAGAUGUGACAGUAAAAAGAGCCUUUCUGCCUGGUUAACUUUGGUUGGAUGUUGUAGAGAUUCACGAUGACUGAUACGGACAAAUGGGAGUGCCAGUUUUGUACAUAUCAAAAUUUCCAAGUGGCAACAAAAUGCACAUUAUGCAGUGUACGGAGACAGGAUACAAGGAUUUCUGAUUUUGAAAAUGAGGAGCAGGAUAUCUACAAAAUGGCAGCUUCCAUGGGGCACAACAAGGAAAGCAGCAAGAUGUCCCCAACUUCUUCCCAAAUCUGCAGCACCAGCAAUGAUCCAGUGAAUGGUACAAAAUGGGCAUGUUCUGCAUGUACAUAUCUGAACUGGCCAAAAGCAGGAAAAUGUACGCAGUGUCUUCGGCCAAGGAAAAACAUGUCAUAUGGUAGUCAGUCACCCAAACAGAGGAGUAAGUCUAGGAAUGAACCAUCUGGAGCUCACUCGGGGGAAAGUUCCAAAUCAGGAAGGAUAACUCCAGCCCGGGAUGUGACACCGGGAUCCCCAAAGGCAGCAAAAUGCACUUCCAAUAAUGAUAUUAACAAAACCUAUACAAAAUAUGCAAAAAUAAAAUGGACUUGUAAAGCUUGCACAUACGAAAAUUGGCCGAAAACCCAAAAAUGUGUUAUGUGUGGUGCAAGCAGAGGAAGAUCCUCUCCAGAGAUCAUCACUUCCUCUCCAUCUUUAUCGCCCACCGAAAUCACCUCAAAACAGAUGGGAUCCUCUUCUCCUACCCUUGCCUGUGGGGGUGGGUCCCCUCAGAGUGACAAUCAGUCCGUAGAAUUACAAGAUCCUUUAUCCUCUGGUGCUGUGAUUUCUGAGGAUAACAAAGCAACAGAAAAACGACUUAAACAGAUUCGAAAGUGUAUGAGAGAAAAAGAUUGGUUGUGGUUAAAUGCAUGUGUUGGUGUUGUGGUUGGAGAUUUAGGAGCCAUCGAGUCAUAUUUAGCAUCAGACGUUGAUCCAUCUCGGCAGCUAACCCAAGAAGAAGUUGCCUUGUUAAAUCGACCAAGUGCAUUUGAAGUUGGUUACACCCUUGUCCAUCUUGCCAUAAGGUUCAAGAGAGAUGACAUGCUUGCUGUUCUCUUGACAAGCACAGAAUCCAAUGCUAAGGGACUUAAACGCCUUCCCUCCCAUGUUUGUCCUGAUGUUGCAGCAGAAAUACGCAGGGAAAUUUCUUCUAUUCUGCGUCAAAGGAAAGGAGGAAAAGGGGAGUUUCCUUGCCAGUUCUUUUCCGAUUGUGUUACGUUUGCUCUACCAUCAGGUGUCAUGGAUUUACCCCAGUCCAUACAGUCGCAGGUGUUCAGUGAAAUCUUAGAUGGAGAUGUACAAAAAGAGUUGGAAGAUGAUUUAGUAAUAAACUGGAGUCUGGAACUGACGGUGAGGUUAGGAAGCCGUCUGUAUGCUCUGUGGAAUCGCACUGCGGGGGACUGUCUUCUGGAUUCUCUACUGCAGGCAACAUGGGGAGUGUUUGAUUCGGAGAACACACUCAGACAAGCCCUCUCAGAGAGUAUAAAUGAUGGUGCUAUGAUGUUUUACCCAAGAUGGAAGGAAUAUGAGUCCAUGCAUGCUGAGAGCUUGCAGUUUUCUCUGGAUGAGGCUCAGUGGCAAAAUGAUUGGGCAGAACUCCUCAACUUAGCAAGUCAACCUGGUGCUUCUUUAGAACAGACUCAUAUAUUUGCAUUGGCUCAUAUUCUUCGUAGACCCAUUAUUGUUUAUGGAGUGAAGUAUGUUAAAAGUUUCAGAGGAGAAUCCUUGGGAUUAGCAAGAUUUCAAGGUGUAUACUUGCCCUUACUUUGGGAAAAGGGAUUUUGUUGGAAGACACCAAUAGCAUUAGGAUAUACAAGGGGCCAUUUCUCUGCCCUUGUUACUAUGGAAAUGGACACAGAUGGUAUCCCAGGGGCUGGUGCUCACAUUGAACCUAAUGAUGACGAUGAAGUUGCUUACUUGCCAUUAGUUGAUUAUGAAGGAAAACUUCUCCCAGUGCCUUUUUCAAUGGGCUCAGAGGUUGGCCGUGAAGAAAGCAUUUUCCACGAGUGGCUGGACUGUGUUGUUACUAAGGGUGGUUGUUUGGUGGCACUACAGAAAGUGGGCAAGAGGCCCCUGAUGAUCAAACAGAUGGUGGACGAAUGGCUGGAUCACUACAGGCAGCUACCACAGGUCACCUUGUCAACAAAUAAACAAACAACUCUGUCCUCGCAGACAUUCUCUAGUGAUGGAGAGAGUGAUCAAGAAUGAAAGUGAUAGGAUAAUGAUUGAAAGUGAUAAUAUACUGGAGUUGUUUGAUAAUAUCAGAGUUAUGCACACUUUGCUUUUACAGAAAGCAAAACAUUUUUCUUUCUGGUUGUUUCUUUUUUUCCCCCUUUAAACCUUUUUAUUGAUUAUUUUUAAGUUUUAAUAUUAGAUUUUACUUGAACAUGUUUGAAGUGUGAUUUUGAUAUCUUAUGUGUACAUGUUUGACUUUCAGUUGAUCUGGAGGUAUAUCCUAGUGAUUUUUACUUGAUACCUUGCAUGAGAGUGUGUGUCACUGCCAAUCUAAUUAAAAUUAAAUCCUUUGAUCUGCUUACUUAAUUUACUAGCAAGUAUGGGAUCAGAUCUAACUUAAAUUAGAUUGUGCCACUGUCGUUUGGGAAUAUCUUCCCUAAGUGUUCGUGCUUUUAUUAUUCUAAUUUUAGUGUAAGAUGACAACAUUGUACCCUGUCUUUCCAAGACAUUUUCCAUUGACAGAAGUAUUGAAGUGUGUGUGGUGAAUUAAAAAUUAGUGUCUUUCAACGAUAUGUACAGCUUGUGCUUGUCAUAUUACAGUGCAGGAAGUGUGAGGUGUCAAUCAGUAUUACAUCGGAUGUUUAACCGGGGUAGUUUUAAUUAUUCCAUUUGAUUUUAUGCAUGUCAAAUAGUUAAACUUUACAAUGAAUAUAUUUAUUACGUAAGUGUUAUUACAUUUUUGUAUGUAAAGUCACUGCCCUGCAUACAUAAACACAAAUUAUUCUUGUAGGUGCGCAUAUUGUAUACAUUUUCCUUUAAGUUUCUGUCAUCAUAGUAAAUUUAUUUUAAAUAUUUCAGUUUCCACUUAAGGAGGAAUAACACAUCGUUAUAAUGGCUGACUUCCUUAUGAAUUAAAAUAUAAAUAUCAACAAUACUUAUAUAAUCCUUUUAAAUCUAAUUGCCUUGCUGGAUAACUUAGUACAUUAAUAUGUCGACAGCUGAUCUGUAGAUUGAGGGUUUGAGUCUAGCAGGGAUUUAAUUUUUUUCAUUAAUUUGUCCCAAAACCUACUUUUUUUUUUUAACUAAAUAAGAUAAUUUUUCAAAGUUUUCUAUUUCAAAAUAUUGUACAUAUCAUCCACUUUCCAUCCAUAACAGACAUCUUUGGUAGGUUAAUAUUCCUCCUUACAGUUUUUAAAAUGGCAUGAAGGAAACAGGUUUUUACAUUGAAUGAUUAUCCAAACUUGUCCAAAGAUAUGUACCUCCAAAGCACCCAGUGAUCUAUAUAUUUAUAUAUAGAUGUGUGUGUAUAUAUAUUUAUAUACAUACACAUAAAUGUUUUGCCUCCUUUUCACAUGGAUCAGUAAUAAUGUUGAAUUUUCAGAGGUUUAGCCAUGGAGUGUAGUUGUUACUUAUUCUAAAAAUCAUUCCUUAAUUGUAUUUGUUUGACUUUGAGUGUUUGUUGGGUGUUAUUCAUAAUUUGUACCAUAUACACUGCCUCAAAAACUCCUACAUCCUGAAUACUGUGUAGUUUUGAUCAUUGGUCAAUUUCUUUUGGUCUGCAGGAGAUCAAAAUGAGUUAGAAAUUCAAACUUUAAGUAAUUUACCUUUGAUAUGUUUUUGUGAUGCAAAAUCACUUAUGCCACUUAAAAGUUUUUUCCUCCCUUUUUAUACCCCUGUUUUUUGAUGGACUGUAUUAUAGUAUGGGUUUUCUUGUCUGUCUGUUAGCUUUUUUUGUGUCUGUCACACUGUAAGGCUUAGAACCAUCAAACUUGGUCAGUUGAUGCAUCUUGUGGGGAAUGUGCAUUGGGACCCCAAAGUAGGUCACUGUGACCUUGUUUUGACGUUCUAUGGCUACAUAUACAAUUUGUGUACCGGUCAUAUCUUGAGUACAGUGGGGGCUUAGGACCAUCAAACUUCGUCAGUCGAUGCAUCUCUGGGUUGUACUGUAUAUCUUGCCACAAAACUCACAUUUGAUAGUAUUUUGAUAUCGGUUUAAUCAGUAACAAUUGAACAAGAGUGGUAGUUUAAAUACAAUACUCGGACGACUAUGGUGUUAUUAAUGAAUGUAAUUCCUCAUUUUAAAUGUUCAUUAAAGUCAAAACAAAAUUUUUGAUAAGAACAUCUCAUGAAGAACUAGCCUGCUUUGUAAUGUACAUCAGUAUUAUUAAUUUUGUGAGUGUAUGACAACAGUGCACUAGAUAUUCACUACAUACUAAAACGGGUUAUUUGUAAUGUUUGUUUUUAAAGUUUACCUAUAAUACACAUAAAAAACAGAGUGUUGUCAUUAAACAAAACGCAGAUCGCAUUACAUUAUCAAACGGCUAAAGGGACCUCGACACCCAUUAUGUAUUAUAUAAACAACGGUAAUGAAUUGAUCAGCCAAUUACUGGAACGGAUUUUACCAGGUAGAAGGCUUGGACAAGGAGAACAACAUGAUUAAAAACAGCCUGGGCUAUCCAUUAUUUAUUUAUUGUGUAUUUAACAUGAGGUUAUUGGUAAUAAAAGUGAAGAUUGAUGUUCAGGAAAUAAUUAUACAACAAAGAAAUACAACUAUUGCUAGUAAAAUGACGAUAGCUAUGAGUUAAUAGAAAAUUUUAUUAAAUUCAGUCCGACAUAUUAUGAGAGGGUCAAUGUCCUAAACAAUUAUCUGAAAUUACGUUAAUCCACUUACGUGUGUUUCGACUUAUGUAUGAGAAUAUUUACAUUUUCAAUGGUUUUGCCUUUGAUAUUUCUACCAAUUGUAAUGAUUCAUAUUUCCUGAUGAAUGUGCAGCAGUUUUGAACAAUACAUGUAUGAUGAAUCUUGAUAUAUUUUGUAGGUCUUAUUUCAAUGGCUUGGAAUGCAAAUAGAAAUGAAAAUAGCUUGUAAAUAUAAGAAAUAAACUUCUGUUUUGAAACUAUGUGAAGGUAUGAACUGCAACACUUGAUGCUGGUUAACACGCUUCCUGAAGUCUGCUGGCGUGCAGUGUCACAGUUCAUACCCUCGUGUAUUUACAAAAAUGAAAUUCAUUUCUUGUAUGGUACAUGUACCCUAGUGGUGUACUUUUGUGUGGUUUAGAUCUUGUAUGCAUGUAUUUUUAGGAACACAGGAUUUUUAUAUUAUGUGUUUAUAUUUGUUCUACCAUUUACUUUAAACUAGUGCUUAAUUGUUGUUCGCUCACCUGAGACGAAGGCUCAAGUGAACUUUUCUGAUUGAAAUUUAUCUGUGUUUUGUUGUCAGCAUCAUCAUAAACUUUUCACAUAUUCUCCAGAACCACUGAGCCAAUUUCAACCAAACUUGGCACAGAAUAUCCUUUGGUGAAGGGGAUUAAUGUUUGUUCAAAUGAAGGGCCAUUCCCCCUUCCAAGGGGAGAUAAUCAAUACAAGGUAAUGAAUAGGGUGGGGUCUUUUUAAGAACAACAGGUCUAUGAACAGAAUGUGAAUAGAAUAUGCAAUCAAUCUGAGGUAGUGCAGAUUCAAGUUACUUGAGUCCUGGUCCCGGGAGGAGGGUUGGAGCCAGAAUAUUGAUUAUCAAAAUUUCAUGUGUGAAUAUAUUUCAUAAAGAAAUGCUCAAAAUCCUUUUCUCAAAUAUUCUUAUGUUGUGUGGAUUCCUGUUUGGUUAGUCAUGACCCUGUGGGGCUUAGGUUGGGUCAGAAUAUGGAUUAAAAAAAUUACUGGGAGUAAAGAUUGCAAAAAAUCUUUCAAGAGUUUUCUUCUAAAGAACAGAAGGGUCAGCGUGACUCAGGUGAGUGUUUUAGUUCUCUUAGUUUUGUUACAUUUUAAAUAUAUUUAGAUUCAUUUUUCAGAUUCCAAUAAAAGGGGUAUGCAUAUAGAUUUAGUGUACAACAGAGGGAUAAUAGAAGUUUUUGAUUUAGAUUAAGCAGGUAUUAUAUGGAUUCUGUUCAUAAUGUUCUCAUUAAUUAUGAUAUGUGUAAUUUGUGUCUAAAAGGAAAAUGGUGUGUCUAUAUGAAUUAAUGAAGGUUGUUUACCCCCUGGUGGAAGAACAGCUGUCAUGGCUGAUCUUACUGUUGUUGGUAGGAGAUGCCCACUUUCUGUAAGCUAAGCUUCUAUUUGUGAGAAAUUUCACUUUCUGUAAGCUAAGGCUCUAUUUGUGAGAAAUUUUACUUUCUGUCAGCUAAGCCGCUAUUUGUGAGAAAUUUCACUCUCUGUAAGCUAAGCUUCUAUUUGUGAGAAAUUUCAUUUUCUGUAAGCCAAGCCUCUAUUUGUGAGAAAUUUCACUUUCUGUAAGCUAAUUAAGCUUCUAUUUGUGAGAAAUAUCUGAAAGAUAUCUGUGCUAGAGGUUUGUGAAUACCUCUCAUUACGCGUGUAAUUUUGGUCAAUGGAUACAGUGUAAGGCUUUUAUUUGUGAAUAUUAGUUGCUAUGAAUAAAAAUGGUUUAACUUCA